CGGCCUUUUAUCUCUUUUCUCUCUUUGUCCGCCAAAAGCGAGCCUAAUUAUCCGCUCACCUUUAACCGGCAAUUCGGUUUAAAGUGACUCUCGACCGUCAUCCCCGCUUGAUAGGAGCAUUGGCGAGCAUGUAUAUAGACAAGGCUAACAAUUGGAGCUGAGUAGUUCAAGGUCAUAGUUCCAGCGUAUAGCACAAUGCAUACAGCCAUUUCGGCAACGCCAAUCUUAACGGGCAGAAAGGAACAAGUUGAUGCUAUCCUGAUCCAUGCCGGUCAAUUAUUACUCGCUGGGCCUAAUAGCUCAAUCACAGCAUACAAUCUACCACAGAAAGGCACCACUUCCAUAAACACUGAUGAUGAUCGGUCAAUUGCGUCUUCCUCCUCUAAAACCGUUCAACAAGCACAAUUGAGCAAACCUGCUUGGAUCGCUCGUUUGAACAAAUCAACAAAAUCAAUUGAACAACUCAAAGUGAUCAGAGAAGCAAACGUAUUUGUAAGCCUUUCAGAUCAAACAGUCGCGCUUCAUGAUAUAUUUACCACCCAAGAGACUGGAAAACAGUAUUCUUCUAAAAAGGUAGAUGCAAACACAUCACUCUUGCCAUCGGCACCCCUACUCCCUGCUGAUGCAAGCACAAUUCUGAUACAGACAAAAGGCGCCAUCUCUUUAGCAAUUGAUACAUCAAUUCAACCAACGCCCAACGCAAACAAUGGGACUAGUACAGCGGGUACCCAACGCGGAGGGGCUGGAUAUCGGCAUCAAGCAGGACAAACCACAAUCGGUAGAGCUUAUAGACCAUCGGAUAUGUCUAUGGGACGUACAGGAGGCGCAACCACUACAGCCGCAUUACGAAAUACCAAUAGACCGAUGAGCUUACUAGGAAUGGAAGAAAUGAAGAGGGAAAGAGAGCAAAAACGAAAAUUCAUGACAAUGCAAGCAAGGGCUGGAUUCAUUAGAGAAGAGGAAAAGAAUGCAUCAAUAGAAGGUGGAACGGAAAGCGGGGUAAGCGUGGUAACAACUUUGGCAGUAGGCUGUCGAAGAAAGCUAAUCGUCUUUCGAUGGGUCGAUGGAGCGUUCUGGGAUACGAAAGAGAUUCACCUGCCGCACACACCGCGUACAUUGGCAUUUCCUACACCAGAGAAGCUGUUUAUGGGCUACACAUCCUCGGAAUAUGCAAUUCUUACCAUCCCUUUGGCAGCUACUUCAUCUGUGGCAGAUCUUAUGGAGUCAGGUCCGUCCUUAAAGCCAGUCGAUAUACCCUCUUCCAGCUUAGCCGGUACAAGGGUCGAUCUGUACGAAUGGAAGUUGAAGACACUCGAAAUCCCGCUGGUUGGAACAUUUGAUGGCAGCCCAGGCGAAAGUAACACUGCAUCAGAUCAAGGUGGUAGUGAAGGUGGUCAGAAAUUGACAAGUGCAGCAGCUACAACGGGCUCAGGCAUGACGGCAAUGGCAGGCGCUGCAUUUACAGGAUUGACAGGCUACAUGGGUAUGGCAGGAAAUAAGAACAGACCUUUGGUGCUGCAAAUUGAGGAUGGAGAAGUACUCGUAUGCAGAGAAUCCAUGGGCGUCUUCCUCAACGAAGAAGGAAGACCUACCCGACGUGACGGGAUCGAUUGGACAGUCGUGCCAGAAGAAGUGCUGUACGUCAAGCCAUACGUUCUGUCUAUUCUGCCACCAAGUGCUGGACGACAACUCCCCGCUAAUCCGCUCUUACAAGUUCGAUCAGCAAGCACAUUAGUAGCUGUUCAGACAUUGCCUUUUCCUCCUGCAACGGAGGUAUCUGCAUUUGCGGUUAAGGCUGGCAAUUAUCCUUCCGUACGUCACUUAACUUCUUCGACUGGAAACAAACCGCCAUUGUACGUCAAAGUUACACCGACUGAGCGAGGCGCAUUGGAAAAAGAUGGAUCAUCAAUCUGGUGUCUUGAGAUGAAGAGUUGGGGCAAACAAGUUGAUGAAUUAGUGGAAGCAGGAGAGUUUCAAGAAGCUUUGGCUUUGCUCAAUUCUGUUGAUGAAGUUUUGUUGGAAGAUAAACAGGAAAGGCGAGUAUACAUUGAAUCGUUGUAUGCUGUCUCCCUUUUCUCUAAAGGACAGUAUAGUGAAGCGAUUGAUCACUUUUUGGAACUUGAUACCAAUCCAGCUCGUGUAAUUGCCUUGUAUCCGGCUUUUAUUUCGGGUCCAUUAGCUAAAGACAGAUCUCAGUGGCUUGAAAUGUUUGGCGCAAAGAAGAAGAAGGCCAAAAGAAGCGAAUCAUCCACGACCGAUCAAGGUAAUGACACUUCGGACAGUAUGUCUAUUCGAUCCGGCAAAUCACUUGCUACAGGACUCAAUAUUCCUCGUGAACAGUCAAGAUUGCGAGGAUUGUGGGGAAGACGUCCACAGAGUAUGGUUGGCGAACCAGAGGGAUUCACUCCUGGAACGAGUCCUGCCAAAGGCGCAUCGUUGAAGGCCAAUGCAACUAUAACAUCAACAUCCCCUCUGUCUGCCGCUGCGCCGAUCGAAGCGAAAGUGACGACCGAUCAGCCUUCUUCGGAGAUCCCUGCGGAGAAGCAAGAUGUCCCUGUUCUACCUGCUGAACCAAAGGCGAUGCCUUUACCUUCGGAAGAUGAGAGAAAGGCUAUCGACGCUUUAGGAAGCUUCUUGGCGGAUCGUCGAAGAAUCUUUAAGCCAAUCUUGGAACAACAACCAUCAUCGCAUAGUAUUACAAUGUCACAACUUCGUCAUGAUCCAGAAUGGCUUUUGGCUUUACCUUCACAGCCAUUAUCAUCUUUGGAUCUUGAGCAGCUAACAGCAGUUGCACAAACAGUCGAUACAGCUUUGUUCAAGACGUUUCUGGCUACUAAGCCUGGUUUGCUUGGACCGUUGUGUAGAUUGGAGAAUUGGUGUGAGGUUGAUCAAGUGGAACAGCUUUUGAUGGGACGAGAGAAAUACUCGGAAUUGAUUGCUCUUUAUGGCGGAAAAGAGAUGCAUGACAAAGCUUUACAAUUAUUACGCAAGAUGAGCGAAGAUGUUGAAGAUGUGGAAGAUAAAGUGGAGCCAACGGUACGCUAUCUGCAAAAUUUAGGUCCAGACUACAUCGAUCUCAUUUUGCGCACUUCGCAUUGGGUUCUAUCCAUGGACGAAGGCUGGGGUAUGGAUAUCAUUACUGGAGAUACGGGCAAAGUGUCACUGUGGCCGCGAUUUGCAAUCGUGAAGGAUCUGGAAUCGUUUGAUGAACGUAUUUGCAUCUUAUAUUUGCAACAUCUUAUCCGUGAACUUGGAGAUGGUGAUCCGAGCUUGCAUGAAAAGCUGGCUUUCCUACUUCUACAUCGUGCAGAGACCAUCAAGACUGAAAGUGGAAAUGAUGAAGAAACUUUGGAGAAUCGCAAGAGAGCAUUGGCAGAUCUAUUGGAACAUCUAGAAUCAUCACAUCAAUAUCGUGCAGAACGUGUAUUGAAUCGUGUUCCCACCGAAGAGCGGGACUUCUAUGAUGUUCGAGCUUUAUUAUUAGGACGUAUUGGACAAGAUGAGGCUGCUUUACGUAUUUAUGUCGAUAAGUUGGGCGAUCAUUCGAAGGCGGAAGAAUAUUGCAAACGUGUCGUUGCACAGAAUUCCAACUCGAAUGCAUUCCUCACUCUUUUGCGGAUCUAUUUGCGACCGAAACAAGCUGGCAGGAGAGGCGUGCCUCCCAGUAAACAAGCUGAUGCGGUUACGGCUGAAAUGCAAUUAGAACCAGCUUUACGAAUCAUAAGUCGAUAUGGAGCAAAGAUUGAUGCGAAAGCAGCAUUAGAUCUUUUACCUUCAAUCGUUCCACUUUCUGCCGUUGAAUCAUUCGCAAAUAAAGCAUUACGUCAAACAUAUGCACAAAAGAAUGAAGAAAUGAUUUUAUCAAAAAUUGCAAAAGAACGUUUAUUGCAAGUUGAUGAAAGUUUGAUGACGUUACAUAGAAGAAGAGUCAAAGUGACUGAAACUAGAACGUGUCCAAGAUGUAUGAAACGAUUGGGCAAUAGUGUGAUCGCAGUGACUACUGAUGGCUCUGUGUUACAUUACGGUUGCUCAAAGUUCUCCAAUUAAAGAAGGUCAUAGACAAUUCCUGUAUAAUAGCAUAACUCUUACACAUAUCUUAUACCUUUUCAGUUGAUUAGACUUGGCUGUGG